AUGUAUAUACAAUAUAUCUCUCUACUACAGGUCAUUAUCGUUUUCUUAUUUUGCACUUGGAGUGGUGUAGAGGAGUUUGCGGUCAAUGCUUUUACAAGUCCACGAUGUAUUGGUAUGCCAGCAGACUGGAAAGUAUCAACUCCACCUACCAACCCCGAUUGGUGGUUCCUUUUAUCAAAGCAAUCAAAAGAUAACGUAAACGGUGGAGGUUUCAUUUACACGGAUUCUUUCGGUGUAUAUCUUAACAUCGACGAUACAGGAAAUGAUAUGGUUGGUGCCGACAAACUCACGGUCAAAAAGUUUUGGGAGAGACAUACAGAAAGUGCCUAUGAAAACAACAAGGAGAUUUAUGGUCAAUGUGUCAAAAGGGAUAGUGACCGAACAAAGCCGACAUUGGUUAAUACUAGGAAAGCCGUGUGUAAAAAUGUAAGGAUAGAGGCACAGGUUUGGUAUCAUGACACUUUGGGUCUACCGCCAGCAAAAAAACCCAAACCUCAAGCCCAAGAUAGUGAUGCUGAAGAUCUCAAUAACGGGGAGCAACAAGUUACGGUUGAGGCCAGAAGUGCACAUGCAAAGUAUCUAAUAUCUGUAGACACCAAGACUGGGAAUGGAUAUUUUAUUGACCAUUCAAUCAACAUUCCAUCUAUCCCGGUUGAUACAGGCGCUGAAUGGUUUAAUCCCUAUCUUCUAUUUGGUUUAAAUGUUGGUGGUACAGAGGCCAAGUUUAAAAUGUCUCAUCACAGUUUUUGUUCAAAUUUUCAACAAAAUGAAUUUGAUGAUCUAAUGGGAGUUAUUGGCAGAGGAAAACCUCACCUAACCAGAACAAACUAUAUAGAUACAAAAGGAGGAUCACUUUUACCGAUCGAUCAUCCCUACAAUAUCAAAGAGAGAGUUGUUGCAGAAUUGGCCGAAAGUCAACUACCAAAUGAUAUUUGUUUGAAUUUUUACAGUACUUUUGAAGAUGACGAUCUCCAAGGCUCUGACCAUGAUGUUGAGGAAACAACGCAAGGAACAACCGAAAGGGAGAGAAUAGGUGCUUUUAUUCGCCACAAUAACAAUGACCCAGUCGAUCUUUGUCUUACUGAAAUAACUACCGGUCCCCUUCAAUUUUUAAGGACCAUCUAUGGUUUUGAUAUUAGAAUGAAACCAGUUGAAUUUGUAAACCCUGGAUUGUCCAUCGUCAGGACUCGUUGGCUUGACGAUACUCCCCGAAAGGAAGUAGGGGACAUGAAAACAUAUAUUCAACUUGGAUUGGAUCCAUUCACAUACAUUGCAAAGGCCAAUCCUUCUGUCUACUAUGUCUCAACCUAUUCACAACCUAAUCGUGUUGAUGUUCCAUCUAUUCAUAUGGUCGACCAGGAAUGGGGUAUUUUUAACAUUAGGGAAUGGAAAUACGACAAUAAAAUUCAAAGAGAUAGACACGAGAAAUUGUCAUUCUCAACAGCAAAUGGACGAGUCUGUGUUGGUGAUGCAAAUAGAAAUUUGGUACACACUCAUUAUGCUGGAAUCUAUAUAUGUUUCACAAGUCAAAGACUAGCAAACGAGCUCUAUGCAUUGAUAAACCUGGUUGAUGUAUCGAAUAGUUAUUUUUAUGACAACCAAGGGAAUCUAUUAUCAACAGCCACCAAUGAUAUCCAGGAUAGUUUACCAACACCAUUCCCAAAGUGGACUAAUAGGGUCGAUGCUAAAAAAAGAUCAUUGCCAUCUCUGAUGUACCCACUCGUUGCCAGAGUCACAUACAGUGAUAGACCAAAAAGAAAUAAUUUUAUUGGCGAUGAUGGUCAACUAAUUGCAAUGGAUGACCGUCCAACUAAAAAGGCAAAAUUCCAACACAAUGAAGAUGAGGAUGAAGAUGAAGGUUAUGAUAAUGAUGAUGACGAUGACCAACUUGAUGGUGGAGAGGAGACCAAUGGAUAUUCUGAUGAAGAAGAAGAUGUCGAUAUCAUGGGAUAA